CGGAAGACUACACUUAGUGGAGUAGUUGUAUUUUGCUAGCUACCAUCUAUAUGAUUUCUUUCAUCUGAAAAAGAAAGCUAACGACCACCAAAUAGACCCUUGUUAUCGAGAGCGAACUAUUUUAUCGUUUCACUAUAACAAAUAGAUAGAGCGACUGUCGUUUGUGAAAUGGAGGGCCAACGCUGGUUGCCGCUGGAGGCGAAUCCAGAAGUUAUGAACCAAUUUUUACGACAGCUGGGCUUGGUACCUACUUGGCAGUUUGGAGAUGUGUAUGGUUUAGACCCUGAGCUGCUCUCUUUGGUACCAAGGCCCGUAUGUGCUGUGCUGCUCCUCUUCCCGGUGACGGAGAAGUAUGAAUCAUUUAGACUGGAAGAGGAAUCAAAGAUUAAGGCACAGGGACGAGAUGUGUCCUCUGAAGUGUACUUUAUGAGACAAACCAUUGGAAACGCAUGUGGCACAAUAGGGUUGAUCCAUGCUGUUGCCAAUAACCAAGGACAUCUUGAGUUUGAGCCUGACUCUCCGUUGAAGGCAUUUAUAAUGGAAUCUUCCAAAAUGAGUCCUGAAGAAAAGGCCAUCUUUCUUGAAAAAGAUGAGAGUAUCCGUGUAACACACGAGUCAAGUGCUCAGGAGGGACAGACAGAGGCCCCAAGUUUAGAUGAAAAAGUGGACUUACAUUUUAUUGCCUUUGUGAAUGUUGGAGGACAAUUAUAUGAGUUAGAUGGACGGAAACCUUUUCCAAUUGUUCAUGGAAAAACAACAGAAAACAGUUUUCUUGAGGACGCUGCAGAGGUUUGCAAGAAAUUCAUGGCACGUGAUCCUCAAGAGCUACGCUUCACUGUAGUAGCCCUUUCCAAAGCAUAAAUGACCCAUGUCCUUUGGGAUUAGCCAAGGAGAAAACUGCCAAUCAUUCUCAAGUGCUAAAUAUCUUGAGAUAUGUUUGAAUAGAUUGUCUUUGAUAAAAGGGUUGUUUGCUAAAACAAUUUGACUAUACUGCGGGUUUUCCUGUUUCACUAUAAGAAUGAAAAUCACUUGUGUGGCUUAGAUUGUAAAUGUUCAGGAAAAUGUUUAGACACUUUUUUAAUGAUAGCAGACUGCUCUGUCCCACGUACGACUGUUUUAAAUGGUCGUGGAUUCUCCACGUCACAACAAACUGGGUCCACUGGUGAAGGCAUAUAUGCGUCAUACUAAUGUUUGUCUCUGAUGGAUAGGAUUAUAUUAAAGAAUAAGAUUCGUAAAAUGUUUGUGUCACGUUUUGUUGUCACGAUGAAUUAAAUCACUUCAUGACCACGA